AUGCCUCUUACCAUUCCACGACUGAUGCUCAAGAAGUUCUUGGCGCCAGGUAGUCGGGCUGUCUUGACAUGGCAGGAUCCAGACAAUACCUCCUAUACUUGUGAUACCUUGUACGGUAUUAAGACCGACAAUGGACAUGAAGACCGUGACUACGACGAUGAGUAUCGGCACGUCAAGUCGAUUCCACCAUUGCCGUACGUCCCUGAGACGUAUAUGUGCUUUCUGAUCACCAAGAAAUGGUAUCCUGAUCUGGACAAUCAUGUGCGAGUGUGUAUCCCACUCGACAAAUCCUAUCCGGACGUUAAUUCUUUGACCCUGCUGGAUGUGUACGACGCUCAGGGCACCAAAGAUGUGAACACCGUACUAUUCGCCUACGAAUUCGAGCAAAUGAGCGCCGCCAACCUUGGAAAUCUUCCGGCAUACCAUCGCAGUCAAUUCUACGGCCUGGUCACCAUGUACAAUGAUUCAAGAACGUCCCCUCAGCCCAAAAUACAAGAUGGCUACGCUAUCACGAUGGCGCUAGAACGCGUCAGAAACACCAAGUACUCAGCGACUCAGCACGACAAUUGGUCGUACCUCGUCUACCAGUAUGAUCUCUUGAUACCAUGA